AUGGCAAGCUCAGCGACUUGCGGGACAGCCGUGGUGACGGGUGCCACGAGUGGUAUUGGCAAGGCAGUGGCCAUUUACUUGGCGACUCAGGGAUACAAUGUCGUCUUGGCCGGACGGCGAGCUGCCUUGGGAGAAGAGGUGGUAGAGACCAUCCAAGCGGCGGGUGGCCAAGCCAUCUUUUGCCAGACGGAUGUGAGCAAGCCGAGCGACAUGGCACAGUUGUUUGCCAGCGCAGCCGAGCGCUUUGGGCACAUUACGCUGGUGAUCAACAAUGCCGGUGCCGAGGGGACCCCGGUCAAGCUUUCGGACCCAGGGGCCCAAGCGUCUUACGAUGAUUUGAUGGCCAUCAACGUGCGCAGUGUCUUGACGAGUUUGGAGCAUGCGACCCCGCUGUUGGUCGCCAGCGGGGGCGGGGCCAUCAUUAACGUGUCCAGUGGCAUGUCGGUGAUGCGCGUUCCCGAGACUGGCCCCUACACCAUCUCCAAGGCGGCCCUGGACGCGGUGACCCGGGUGGCGGCCGUCGAGCUGGCAGAGCAGAACAUUGAUGUGUACUCGUUGAACCUUUAUGUGUUCAACACCGAAAUGGCAAACCGCUUUGCGGCACGCACCGGCCUUUCAAAGGCCGAACUGGGUGCGAAACUCAAUCCUUCCGGCGAGACGGGUCGUCCCGAGGACGUGGCCGAAUUCAUCCUCGAGUUGAUCUCCGGGGGCCAUGCCAGUCGCUUCAAAUCUGGUGACUGCAUUGCCUUGGACUCCCGCAAGAAAGCCGGCCUCGUGCACUACGCCCUCCCCGAGACCUUGACAGCCGUACCCCCCUCGUCUUAA